GCAAUGAGGUAAUCGGAGUAAACAGUAAAGAUGGCGACUUCUGUAGCCGGAGAGGGGCAACACAGUCUAAAUGGGAUUAUUUCCGACUCGCAAACCAAAAAUCUGACCGACCUGCCGACCGAGCUACUCGAACAUAUCCUGUGCUUCGCUGUCCUCAAACACGUCGACAUCUGUAACGUCUCCUGCUGCUGCAAGCGGCUACACGACGUCUGCCACGGAAGGGGGAAGGUCUGGGGACACCAGUACAAACUAAGAUGGCCGAGACUGCAGAUGUUUUACCGUCAGAACGAGUGCUGCGACUGGCUCAGAGAAUACAAAACGCGCCAUAGAGUUGGCAUACAAAUACGAAGGACCGUGGAAUCAAUCUCAAAGAGAUUCUUCACAGAAGUCGGAUCUGUAACCCAGCCUUGCGUUGGCCAGGUGCUCGGAGACAGCUUUGCAGAGAUCGAGUCACUCGGGAUGCCGGAGCACUUCUGCGAAGACGAGCUCCUCUUCAUACUCAACUCUGACAAGAGGAAAAGCUUGACCUUGAAGUACUACGCAAAGAAAAUCCUUUACUUCCUGAGACAACAGAACAUCCUGAGGAGUUUGAAGACCUUCAUGGAGCAGGCUGCAGAUCAGCAGUCAUCUCUGGAGGGUGCCAUACUGGUUGAUCAGUAUUGUAACCCCCUGGCUGAUGUAACACUGAACAGCAUAUCAGCCCAACUGGAUGAGAUUGCAGAAAAAGUGAAGAAGAUGCUGAGAAUCAAGAACCCAUCUCACCCCAGCCUGCGCAUCGUCCAAGGUGACUGUUCAGUCGUAGAGGACUUCGAGCUCCAGAGGCAGGUGGUGUCCGCCCUGAACUCUGUCUUGUAUGAGCAGCUUCAGUACAAAGGCAACGAGUUUGACUACUACAACCCUCUCAACUCUUACAUCCACCAGGUGCUACUCCGCCGUACAGGCAUUCCCAUAAGCCUCUCUGUCCUCUACAUGAAUUUAGCCCGAAAGCUGGGGGUUCAGCUGCAACCUGUCAACUUUCCAAAUCACUUCCUGCUGCGCUGGUGCCAAAAACCCAGAGGGAGUGAGGACAUCUUCGACUUUGUCUACAUCGAUGCCUUCGGUAAUGGCAAACAGCUGACCGCCAAGGAGUGCGAGUACCUCAUCGGCCACCAGGUGACAGCAGAUUACUACAGCGCCAUCAGCACCACCGAGGUGCUGCUCAGGAUGGUGGGGAACCUGCUCAACAUCGGCAAAAGAGGGGAGGGCAAUGAGAAAUCCUACCAGCUGUUGAGAGACUCUCUGGACCUCUACCUCACUAUAAACCCAGAUAAUGUGCAGUACCUGCUGCUGCAGGCACGCCUCUAUUUCCAUCUGGGCAUUUGGCCAGAAAAGGUGCUCGACAUCCUGCAGCACAUUCAGGCGUUGGAUCCUUCCCAGCACGGGGCGGUGGGUUACCUGGUGCAGCACACGCUGGAGCACAUCCAGCACAAGAAGCAUCCCGUCACACCUGAGGAGAAGAAGCGCAGCGCUCCAGAACACUCGGAGGUCCAGUAUUCAGUCGGCCUCAUCAUGAAACACAAGAGGUCGGGAUACAACUGUGUGAUCUACGGCUGGGACCCAAAGUGCACCAUGAGUCAGGAGUGGAUCACCACCAUGAGGGUCCACCAGCUGUCCAACGGGGCCAACCAGCCUUUCUACAACGUCCUCGUGCAGGACGGAACGUGUCGCUACGCAGCACAAGAGAACCUGGAGCCCCACUCGGCGCCCCUGGAGAUCGGCCACCCGGAGGUGGGACGAUACUUCUCCGAGUUUGCCAACACCUACUAUUUUGCCAACGAAGAACUGCAGACACGGUACCCGGAGGACAUCGUUGAAACUCUGGGCACGGUGCAGGAGCUUUACCACAGACUCACACCUGGCCUCGGGAACCAGGACCAGGCUUCUGCCACGGACCCAAACGACCACCGAGCCGUGCCCAUGUAGCGGCGUCGCUGUGUCGGAGCCGGUGGCCCAUUCUCGGUCCACGGGGCCACUUGGCUGCUGCUUUGUUGCACAUUCUCAAGACCAGGACGUGUGUAGCGGAACAUUUUUGGUAAAAAGAAAACACGAUAAAAACAGCCGGCAUACAGUAUUUACAGGAACUGAACUGAAUUGGUGAAGAAAGCAAGUAUUCUCAAAUGUGAUUUCGUACCACAGUCGGGCUCCUGUGCGGAUCGGGAGAGAAAUAUCAGAAAAAAGACCAAAACGUCUGGAAACAUGCAGCGAAGAUUGUUACUGUUUCGAUACACACGUCCGAUGCCGCAGUGUAUUUGUGGUGAAAACAAAGCUCGAACUAUAAAGUGAUGCGGCCUAGACGAUCAUCAUCAUCAUCAUCCAGGAUCAACAAAUCCAGUCAUGCAGUUGAGUUUGAAAAAAUUAAAAAAUGCAUGCAAACUCAAAAUAAUGCAUAAAUAGACAGCUUGAAGUACACAGUUAAGUGGACGAGUGAAUUCAGGAUGGGUAUCCAGGUGUUGUAAAUCUUCCUCUACCUAAAACCAAGGAAUGCUCCUUUCACCCAGAGCUCCCCGACCCUUGACCACAACUCCGUGCACCCAGCACCAAUCAAAUAAGCCCCCAGCAUAUAGUCCAACACCCCCCCCCCAGUAACAGUGCCACACAAAAGACUAUACAGAAGACACUUUGUAAAUUGAAUCCUACUUUUACCUCCCCAUCUUUAAAUCCUGUGUCACGCACUUACGAAGGUUAAACUUUCACAUUUGUAGAUGAUCUUGUUUAUUUUUAUUUUGUUCCUGUAUAUUUACAAGUGAAACAUGUCACGGCUCAUUGGUGGUGUUGUUGAGCUGUUGAUGGAGAAACAAAAGAAGAACCAAUAACGUCUCAGUUGAAAACAAUAAAGCGUUUCAAAUUUUAA